AAUAAACUGUUAUCUUCAGGAUAAACUUUGAUCUUCACUAUAAACUGUGAUUUUCACAUUAAACUCUUAUCUUCAGGAUUAAAUUUGAUCUUCAGCAUCAAUUUUGAUCCUUCAGGAUAAACUGUGUGUGAUCUUCAGGAUAAACUUUCGUCUCCUUUCGUCUUCAACUGUGAUAUUUAGAAUAAACUGAUCUUCACAAUAAAACCGUGAUCUCCAGCAUUAAUUUUGAUCUUCAGGAUAAUCUUUGAUCUCCAGCAUCAACUUUGAUCUCCAGGAUAAACUUGAUUAUCCAGGAUAAACUUUUAUCUUCGCGAAAACCUGUGAAUAUAUCCUUAAAUACUUCACUUGGAGACGAAACCGUAUUUUAAUCUGCCUCAAGCAAAAGAGUGACUUUCACGACCCUUGAAAAGGUACACGAAGAAUGGGAAAAGUCUAGUGUUCAUGAAGCACUGUCACAUAGAGAAGUGUCCAGCAGUUUUAUUUCUAGAAUUAUGUUAUUUCCUGACGACCAUAGAGCUAUAAUGGUACCCGCUGUGUAUUCUUGAUCACCAUUUCAUUUUGUUUUUCAGUAUUAUGGAAACACGAUGUGCUCCACCAGUUAUUGGAUUGGUGACAUUAGGUCUCUUUGUUAUAUCGGUCCUUUUCUUAAUUGUGAUGUCGACCUUAGUUAAAGAAAAACUCAAAUGCUUCACAGAAGAAGAAUACAUCCCUCCCCUUAUACCCGCUGUAAAAGAAGUCGAAGAUCUACCUGUCAUUGUCUCCGCUGCUCAUGCGCAUAAUUUCGACCAAUCGAUGAUCAUGUUACAGACUGUGUUAGUGAAUUUGACACGACAACAUCCUAGCAUUUAUGUGAUAUUCUAUGACAUUGGUUUGACUGAGACACAGAACGAUACAUUGUAUAGUUGGUCUAAAGAUGUUGCCAUGGAAAUACGUCGAUUUCCAUUCUUCGAAUAUCCUGCUCAGCUUCAGCGGAUCGAAUCAGGCGCUUUGAAACCAAUAAUUUUAGACCUAGUGCUUGUAGAGUAUGAUUUCGUUAUGUGGGUUGGAUCCUCACUCCGAUUUAAUUCUGACGGUAGCUUGAACAUCCUGUUUGAUCUUGCGCGGUCUGCUAAAAGCGGGAUCAUUGUACUGGAUAGCAGGGAGCUUCUCAAGUCUAAAGCCACAAAGGACAUUGUCACGCAAAGUGUCCGGGACGAGCCGAUAUUUUACGAAUAUACCCGAGAAUUGAACACUGAUUGGCUGCUCAUCAACCGACGAACUGGCGUCAUGGAGACAGUCAUAUCACCAUGGAUGAAAUGCGCAGUCAAACGUAAAUGUUUCUUUUCAAAACAAACGAUUUCUGCGCAUCCCUGUGGCGAUUUCGAUAAAAAGGGCAGGUACUCUGUCGGUGACAGGACAUCGUGAAAAUGGCGGAGAUGGGUGUAACAUCGACCGCUCUGUUCUCUCCGUUAUCUUGUAUAAACUCCAUGAGGGCUGCAUCUACGCAUAUAUGUUUACUGCAAAAAUGAUUAAUUACGACAUUACUAUUUGUCCCUGACCAACAUUUGUAACAACAUGAACUCCAAUGGCAGAAACAAUGUCAAGGUUGUUCCAGAAUGUAGUCACACGGGACAUGUCAUGAGAAGAACGAGAAAUAGCUGGUAAAUUUCCGCCCGUAUCACCGUCUCUAGAUUAUGAUGUUUUCUACAGGAAUCCCAACCGUCCUUUAUGAGAUGUACUACAUGUAUUUGGGAGAGCGAAAUAAUGUUUAUUAAACAAAAACACACGUAAUAAAAAAUCUGGAUAUUUGUGAUUGUUAUUUGACUGGAUUAUAAACCUUUUCAUAUCCCCAGGAAAUAUACAUUAUAUCACCAAGUACAGUGUUUACCAAGUAGAGUGUAUUACUAAUUAGAGUGUAUUACCAAGUACGGUGAUUUACCAAGAACAGUGUAUUACAAAGUUCAGUUUAUUACCAAGUAGGGUGUAUUACCAAUUACAGUGUAUUACCAAUUACAGUGUAUUACCAAGGACAGUGUAUUACCAAGUAUAGUGUAUUACCAAGGACAGUGUAUUACCAAGUACAGUGUAUUACAAAGUACAUUGUAUUACCAAGUAUAGUGUAUUACCAAGGACAGUGUAUUACCAAGUACAGUGUAUUACCAAGUAGAGUGUAUUACCAAUUACAGUGUAUUACAAAGUACAUUGUAUUACCAAGUAUAGUGUAUUACCAAGGACAGUGUAUUACCAAGUACAGUGUAUUACCAAGUAGAGUGUAUUACCAAUUACAGUGUAUUACAAAGUACAUUGUAUUACCAAGUAUAGUGUAUUACCAAGUACGGUGUAUUACAAAGAACAGUACAUUAACAUUAGUUGUACAGACGUGGCGCCCAUUUUGUUAAUAAAGUCAGUGGUGAACUUGGA